CCGAGGCCCUAACCGCACACACAACGCUCGCGCGCGCUCUACUGGCGCACGGUGGUUUUUUGCGCUCGGCACUUUGCUCUGCACCGUACACCCGUGCUGCUGCGGCGGCUGCUUUCUGGACAAACGGACAGGUUUUCCGUGGUUAGAUCUCUUCUGUGAUCUAUUCCCAACAAGGCGUUGACACUGUUCGCGUUACGAUUUUUUACCUGUCCACAGUAGUGUGUUUGGAUGUGUUCCCAACUAUGUGAAUACAGCAAGUGCGUGAGUGUGUGCAUAUUUUUUGUUUCGUGUGUGUGUGUACAUUCCAGAUGACAAAAUGACACUUGCAGUGCGAUAAACCCGGCGCGCAACGAAACAAUCUAACAGCAGCCCGAUCAGUGACAGCAAAACAAUUAGCACACACCAACACUCAUUCUAGCGAAGAGAGAGUGUUUAGAGUGUUUUAGUGUGUAUUUGUGUGUGUUUCAUUUCGAAGGAUCUUCUAGCUAGCGAAGGAGCCGGAAAGCUGCCCGUCUACAAUCAAACGCAGAAGGUGUUUCAGCACGAUCAAACAGCCAGCUUUUCGAGAGGGGGCUUUUUUCGCCACCUUUGGGGUACAGGCCGGCACGCAGGUAGUACACCCGAGGCUCCACGGAACCCGCCACCCCGGGCAGGCGAGCGAGCGAGCGGGCGUGUGAGGCGCUGGGUAGAGAUUCAUCUUCGAACCGCCCGUCCGGUGCUGCCGCCAUCACCACGGACCAUCCGAGGGGAGCCGGUUUCGAUCCCGUGUUCAGCAUGUUGACCGACAUGAGCCCAUCGGCCGGGGCACAGUUCUACAGCACCCAGAUACCGGCGAUGGGCAUGAACAUCACCAACAUUGCCACCCACAUGCAGAAACCAUCGGAACAUCCGGGAUUGCGCGGCACACCGCUAGCGAUGCUGGCGGCACAGUGCAACAAACUGUCCAGCAAGUCGCCGCCACCGUUGGCGGACGCGGCCGUCGGCAAAGGGUUCCACCCGUGGAAGAAGAGCCCGAUCUCGUCCGGGCCCCACUCACCCUCGAACACACAGUCGGUCGGGCUGGGCGGCGGUGGCAACGGCUCCGGCGUUAGCAGCGGUGGCGGAGGAGGCGGCGGCGGAGGAGGUGGCGGCGGAGGAGGCGGUGGGGGAGGGCUGGGUGGCAAUUCUGUGCUGCAGUCGUCGCUUGGGCGGCUCUCGUCGUCCGGAAGCUCGUCCACCAUCAGCCCGAUGGCGAAUCUGACGUCCAGUGAUCUUUACUUUUCCGGCGCGUCCGGGUCGCCGGGUGGCUGCGGGGCGGACAACGCCCACCACAGCCUGCAGCACGCGCUCGGCGGCAAGGUCGGCGGCGACGGGGGCGGCCCGGGCCAGGCGAGCUCGUCGGCAGCGGCGGCGGCGGCCGCCGCCGCCCAGCUCGGCUCGGUGUACGGCCGCCACCCGUACGACUGGCAUCCGUUCAACGCGGUCGGCAAGCCGGACGCGAACGGGCUGGGCGGCAACGGGGGCCACGGCACGCCGACCGGCUGGUGGGACAUGCACGGGGCGGCCGGCAGCUGGCUGGACAUCGGCACGAGCGCGGCCGCCGGCAUGCACGCGGCCACGAUGGCGAACUAUGCCGCGUCCGCGGCGGCCGCCUCGGUGAGCGGCUCGGAGCAUUACGCCUCGACGCUGACGCACGCGUCCCUCACCAACACCGCCCAUCUGCUCGGCUCCGGCCAGCACCUGCUGCAGGACAGCUGCUACAAGAGCAUGCUGCAGCCGGGCGGCGUGAGCGUCGGCCAGUCCGCGGCCGGCGGGUUCGGGCUCGGCCCGCACGCGGGAGGUUCGCCGGCACCGCCACCGAGCGCCCCGCAGGCACCGUCGCCGCGCAGCCAGCGGCGCUACUCCGGCCGGGCGACCUGCGACUGCCCCAACUGUCAGGAGGCGGAGCGGCUCGGGCCCGCCGGCGUGCACCUGCGUAAGAAGAACAUCCACAGCUGCCACAUACCCGGCUGCGGCAAGGUGUACGGGAAGACGAGCCACCUGAAGGCGCACCUCCGGUGGCAUACCGGCGAGCGGCCGUUCGUCUGCAACUGGCUGUUCUGCGGCAAGCGCUUCACGCGCUCCGACGAGCUGCAGCGGCAUCUGCGCACGCACACAGCGAAACACGUCAAAACCCACAACGGCGGCGGCGCGAGCGGCGGUGGCAGCGGCGGCGGCGGCGGUGGUGCUAGCGGUGCUGGCGGCGGUGCUAGUGGUGGUGGUAGUGGUGGUGGUGGUGGUGGUGGUGGUGGUGGUGGUGGUGGUAGUGGAGGUGGUGGUAAUGCUGGACCUGGAUCGGGCACCAGCAGUGGUGGUGGAGGCAGCGGUUCCGGAGCGGCCAGCUCGGCCAGCACCGGCGGCGGCGGCAACAGUGCGGCCAGCGAGGGCAACAGCACGAGCGGCCGGUCCAGCGGCAACGGGAACGAGAGCACCAAAAAAGGCACUACCUCACAGGCCCAGCAGCAACCGAUGGACGCACACUGCAGCGAUGGGGAGGAGGGUGGCGCAGGCGGCGUCACCGGCGGCUCGGUCGCUGACCAUCUGCACGGCGGACCGCUGGGCGGGCUGGCCGCGGCGCACGGCGUGAUGGGCGGGGGUCCGCCCGGCAUGCUCGGCGGUGGCUCCUGCCACUCGAUGGGCUCGCCCGGACUGUCCCAUCAGCAGCAGCAGCAGCAGCAACACCAUCAACCAGGCACCGGCACACAUCACCAUCACCCGCAUUCGCAUCAUCCACAUCACGCACAUCAUCAUCAUCAGCAACAGCAGCAGCAUCAUCACCAUCAUCAUCAGCAGCAGCAGCACCACGCGCACACGCCCAGCCCGGGCCUGGAGCACGUCAGCCAGCAGCAGCAGCAGCAGAUGGACGUGAAGCCGGGCAUCGUCUGAGGGAGUGCGGCGGAGUGGCACUGGUCGCAGCAGAGCCGGCGGGACGGAGGCGCUGAAGGUAGCUCCCACACAUACACACCCUUCGAAACUAGCUUAAUGUCUAAUGUCUAGGUAGUAGUGCGGACUGUUCACGGCCCCGAAACAGGCGGGACGGGGAGCAAAGCAGAGGUAGGGGGAGGGGGGGGGAAAGUACACAGGUGAACCUGUAAACAUGUUUACUUAACUUAAACACACAGGCGCGCGCAAAAGAAAAAGCAAACACAUUGUUAUUUUAUCCUCAAGAGUAAGGACGCGCGAUUUCCUGAGGAACUUCGUCAAGAGGAGGCUCACUUACACUUGUUUUGUUUUUGUCGACGACGUUUGUCCUAUAGGCCUUGUGCAGCAUGCAACACAGCAGGACGGCAGAAAGGUGAAAAGGUCAUCGCACCGCAGUCGCCAAAGCGUAACGUCCAGCGCGAAAGGUGGCGUCAGUGCUGUAAAAUGUCACUAUCGAUGUCAUUUAAAAAAAUCUAUGUCAGCGUCAUAAUCUGGAGUGAUACUCAAAACUCGAUUGGUGUGAUCAAUGCAUGCUUCGUGACAUUUUUGUGCACAACGCUUGGUCAAUCACUUGGUCAAGUUAUGACAUCUUUUUUUUACUGUGAUCAGUUCUGCAAAAUGUCAUUGACAUUGUCAGGAUUAAUUCCGGCUGAAACAAAAUCAU